AUGGCCAAGAGUUCGAGGUCAAGUACCAGGAAAGAGAACAACAGGCGCAAGGCCGCCAGUGUCUUCAGCCCAGCUGAGGUUGCUCGAAACGAGCGUCUGUCCGCGAAGCUGCUGGAGUUGGCGAGACAACCUAAGCCCGAGUCUUCGGAUGUGAACAUGGACGCCAACGCAAGCGAAGACGUGGCGGAAGAAGUUGGCAGCGCCCAAGCUGGUGAUGAUACGGGCAUGGAAAUCGAUUCUAAGCCUUCAAAGUCGCGCAUUGGGAAGAAGCGCAUCGACAAGAGGAAACAGAAGAAGUCAAGCAUUGUGUUCGCCAAGUACAGUGACAAGGCGGCCAAGAAACAGAAGGGCAGCCGAUAA